AUGACACAGCCUGCAAAGAAAGUUGCUCCAGCUCCAUUAGCUUCUAAAGCUCCAAAAUCUGCCACCUCCAAGAACCCAUUGGUUGAAUCUAGACCAAAGAACUUCGGUAUUGGUCAAGAUAUCCAACCUAAGAGAAACUUGUCGAGAUUUGUCAGAUGGCCAGAAUACGUUAGAUUACAAAGACAAAAGAAGAUUUUGUCUUUGAGAUUGAAGGUUCCACCUGCAAUUGCUCAAUUCCAAAACACUUUGGAUAAGAACACCGCAGCUCAAACCUUCAAGUUAUUUAACAAGUACAGACCAGAAACCGCCUCCGAAAAGAAGGAAAGAUUGACCAAGGAAGCUGCUGCUGUUGCUGAAGGUAAGUCUGCCAAGGACGCCUCUCCAAAGCCAGUUGUCGUCAAGUACGGUUUGAACCACGUUGUUUCCUUAAUUGAAAACAAGAAGGCCAAGCUCGUCUUGAUUGCUAACGACGUCGAUCCAAUUGAAUUGGUCAUCUUCUUACCUGCUUUAUGUAGAAAGAUGGGUGUCCCAUAUGCCAUUGUCAAGGGUAAGGCCAGAUUAGGUACUUUAGUUCACAAAAAGACUUCUUCUGUUGCUGCUUUGACCGAGGUUACUUCUGCUGACGAGGCUGAAUUAGCCAAGUUAGUUUCUACUAUCAAUGCUAACUUCAUCGAGAAGUACGAAGACUCCAAGAAACACUGGGGUGGUGGUAUCAUGGGUUCCAAGGCCAACGACAAGAUUGCCAGAAAAGCUAAGGCUUUAGAGAUUGAUCCUACAAUUCGUGCUUAA